AUCAAAGUUAAAGGUGGUGCUCACAACAAGAGUCAUGAGAAACUACUCUUGCUCUUAAAAACAAAAGAACUGAAUUGUACUUACUUUGCUCUUCACCAUCAUUAGCCAAGAUGGAUGCCAGAACCAGAGGUGAAGAUGCUGAAACUAAGAAUGUUGAAGCGGCUUACCUGAUGAUUGACAGAGGUUUAGAAGGAGCCGGCCCUUCAAGUGGGCUAUUAAAUUGUCUGAAUCCCCACAUGCAGGGCCACAGAAAAAUCACUCUGUCAUCCUGCUUUUGCCCAUAGGGGAUUUGACUGGCUACUUUGUCUCUGAGCGUGCAACUUACUGGUUUUAACAUGGCAGACAAUUCUACGCAUCACUACAUUUCAUCUUUCUUCCUGGUUGGUAUUCCUGGUUUGCAAGAUUUUCACUGCUGGAUUGGCUUGCCUGUGUGCCUCCUGUUUGUCCUGACCCUGCUGGGGAACAGUGUAAUCACCAUUACCAUCAAAUUAGAGCCAAGCCUACACCAGCCUAUGUAUUUCUUCCUUUGCAUGCUGGCAAUGAAUGACAUGGCUCUUGCCUCUUCCACAGCCCCCAAGAUGCUUGGCAUCUUCUGGUUGGAUGCUCACAGGUUUGACUUUAAUAUCUGCCUAGCACAAAUGUAUUUCAUCCACACAUUUUGCAUAAUUGAAUCAGCCCUCCUAGUUGCCAUGGCCUUUGACCGCUAUGUAGCUAUUUGCAUUCCACUGCGUUAUACCACCGUCCUGACAACAACAAUGGUCAUUAAAAUGGGUCUAGCUGGCACGAUCCGAGCUAUACUUAUGGUUCUGCCCUGUCCUCUUCUCAUUAAGAGGCUACCAUAUUACACCAAACAUGUCAUUAAUCAUGCCUAUUGUGAGCACAUGGCUGUUGUGAAGUUAGCCAGUGCCAACACCCUCAUUAACAGAGCAUAUGGAAUCUCUGUAGCCCUUUCGGUGAUGGUAUUGGACCUAGGGCUCAUAGCCACAUCCUAUAUCAAAAUCCUCCAGUCAGUCUUCCGGCUCUCCUCCCAGAAUGCCCGCUCUAAAGCACUGAGCACCUGUGCUGCCCAUGUCUGCACUAUACUUGUCUCCUACACACCUGCACUGUUUAGCUUCCUAACUCACCGCAUUGGCAAGAAGGUACCUCCAAGCGUCCAUAUAAUUUUUGCAAGUUUUUACCUUCUGGUGCCUCCCACAGUCAAUCCCCUGGUGUAUGGUGUCAAGACCAAGCAGAUUCGUGACCGAGUGGUUGGUCUCUUCUUCCCAAACAAGGAAAUUUCUGAAAAUUAA